CCCAUAGAGCAUCUCGUUUCCAUUUUCUGCAUCUCAUCAGAUUUGCAAGAAAGAAGCUUAGAGAGAGCAUUACCAAAAGCCAGAAACUUUAUCUUCUUCUUCUCCCCUUCCACUAUUUCAUCUUUCUUUAACAAGGAAUGGAGUUCCAGAGCGAUCUAACCCGGGAGAUCUCGCCACAAAGAAAAAUGGGGAGGGGAAAGAUCGAAAUAAGGCGAAUCGAAAACACAACAAACAGACAGGUGACCUUCUGCAAGCGCAGAAAUGGUUUGUUGAAGAAGGCUUAUGAGUUAUCUGUUCUGUGUGAUGCUGAAGUGGCUUUGAUUGUCUUCUCUAGCCGCGGCCGCCUCUAUGAGUAUGCCAACAACAGUGUGAAAGCCACAAUUGAGAGGUACAAGAAGGCAUGCUCAGACUCCACUAAUACUGGUUCCAUUUCUGAAGCCAAUGCUCAGUUUUAUCAGCAAGAAGCAUCCAAACUGCGUGUACAAAUCAGCAAUUUGCAGAACCAGAAUAGGAAUUACAUGGGUGAAGGUUUAGGUGCUUUGAGUCCAAGGGAUCUCAAGAAUCUUGAAUCCAGAAUCGAGAAAGGAAUAAGCAAAGUCCGAGCCAAGAAGAAUGAGAUGCUAUUUGCUGAAAUUGACUACAUGCAGAAAAGGGUAACUUCUGAUAUUGUCAAUAAGAAUUAACUAAUGCACCCCUUAAUUUACCCUACCCCACAAGGAUUAUUUAACAUUCUGAUUUUGGGUUUUUGUUUUUACACUGUAAAUAAUGCAGCAGGAAAUUGAUUUACAUAAUAACAACCAAUACCUUCGCGCCAAGAUAAUAGAGACAGAGAGAGCUCAGCAUAUGGAGUUGAUGCCGGGGAGUUCGAGUGGCAGCUACCACCACGAGCAGCUUCCGCCGCCGCACCACCAAUUCGACGCACGAAACUACCUCCAACUCGACGCCUCCGGCAGCGGCGGCGGCUUUCAAUCUUCCUCUCAUUACUCUGACAAGCAUGAACAUGAUCUACCCCUUCAGCUUGUCUAAAAAAAUACUUGGGCAAGCAAAAAGGGGUGUGACAUGAUAUUUGCAUAGCUGGAACUGUCUUGGGCCUCCAUUAAUUCGUGUCCAUGAAGAUGGGAUUUCAAUUCUACUGUUUUUAACAUUA